CCCGUCGCUCAGGCUGUUCGUGUGCAACAUGAAUUCACGUCCCCCUCACGAGAGUUGUUAUGGCGGUGUCAGGGCUACUAAAAACUUUACUUUAUACCGUCAAUCACCUUUUGCAACAAGAAAAAUACAAAGCAGCUCUGGCGGUUCUCAAAGGCUUCCGGAAUGGUGCCGUGUAUGGAGCUAAAAUCAGAGCACCACAUGCAUUUGUCAUGACUUUUCUAUUCCGGAGUGGAAGCCUGGCAGACAAGCUGAGAGCCAUUUUGAAGGCCACCUACACGCACUCGCGCAACCUGGCAUGCUUCGUGUUCACGUACAAGGGACUCCAGGCCCUGCAGGAGAAGCUCCAGGGGCGGAGUUUGCAAUCUCACUCAUUCCUGGCCGCCUGCGUGGGAGGAUGGUUGGUGUUUGGUGACAACAACAACAUCAACAGUCAGAUCAACAUGUACUUGCUGUCUCGGAUCCUGUUCGCCCUCUCCCGGCUGGCCGUGGAGAAAGGAGUGGUCCCGCAGCCCAAAGGAGACCCCUUCUCGCUGUUGGCCACCCUGGUGUGGGGGACGGUCCUGUGGCUGUUCGAGUACCACCCGCGCACGCUGCAGCCGUCGCUGCAGUCGUCCAUGAACUACCUCUACCACGACAGCGACGUGUGGCACGACGUCUCCGACUUCCUGCUCUAUAACAAACGCACGACUGCUGCUCCCAAGUGAAGCCUCGACGCGACGGGCCGCUCGUCUUGAAGGAGAUUGAGCCCGCGAUCCCCACUUGCACACUGUUCCGUUUGUGUAAUUAAAGUAUAUACGGCAUACAAGUGUAUAUAAUUUUGUGUAAUUUGAAAGCUGUUGCCACACAGUAAAAUAUUGUAAAUAUGAACAAUUGAACGGGGCAUUCUCUUUCUUUUUGGUUCCUCUAAAGGAGUGUUUUUCUUUUAAAAACUUUAUACUAACUACCACAUUAAUAUAAAUGUAGCUCUC